CUCGCUGGGCUCCUUCCGCACCUUUCCACCGGUGGCAGUGGUGGGGGGCCGCCUCCUCGGGGCCGGGUAAUGGGCGGGGACGGCGACCCGGGAAUUAAAAGGAGGCUCGCAAGCGGCCGUGCCGCCUACACCCGCGCGGCAGCAUCUCCGCAGCCCAGUCUUACGGGAAGACGCGCCUCGGAAGCCCGGGCUCGGCAGCCCGAAGCCUUAAGGUUAAGAAUUUAUGAUUCCUGCCUGGCAAGGUAGAGCACGCCUUUAAUCCCAGAACUCAGGAGGCAGAGGCAGCAGAUCUCUGUGAGUUCAAGGUCAGCCUGGUCUACAGAGCGAGUUCCAAGACAGUCAGGGCAACACAGAGAAACCCUGUCUCGACAAACCAAAAGCAUUUUAUAAAUAUAUCAACAUGGAAAUGUAAAGAAGCCAUCGGUUAGAAAAGCACUUUGACCAAAGACUGCCCCAGACAGAAAAUCACUCGAUCAAGCUCAGGAAAACAGGAAGUGAGAAGACAGACACCGCAUGAGACCAGCUCACUAACCAUUUGACUUGCUCAGGGAAGUAAACCAUCUGACUCCAAAAAUGUCUUCAGAAAAUAAAGAGCAACAUGACUUUCCACCGAGAGACUUACCUGAAGAAGCCUUCAGUCUUCCAUCUGAGGUCCCACUGGAGGCUCAAAGGGAAUCAAGCACUGACUUCAAGCAGUUUGAGACCAAUGAUCGACGCAGACCUUAUUGUAGGAUUCACAUGGAACCUCAGGAAAAGCCAGAUAUCAACAUCAAAAAAGUUGUCAUCAGAAAGCUGCAGAAGAGCUGCCAGUGUAGCCCAGCCAAAGUCAAAAAUAUGGUUUUUGAUUUCAUUCCUAUUUUGCGGUGGCUCCCAAAAUAUAAUCUUAAGAAAAACAUUUUAGGCGAUGUGAUGUCUGGACUGAUUGUGGGCAUACUUUUGGUGCCCCAGUCUAUUGCUUACUCCCUGUUGGCUGGCCAGAAGCCUAUCUAUGGUCUGUAUACAUCAUUUUUUGCCAGCAUCAUUUAUUGCGUGUUUGGUACCUCUCGCCACAUCUCUGUGGGCAUUUUUGGAAUACUGUGCCUUAUGAUUGGUGAGGUAGUUGACCGAGAACUACAUAAAGCCUGCCCUGACAUUGCUGAUACAUCGUCUUCAUUUGCAGUGACUUCAAAUGGAUGUGUGUCAGUAAACCAAACAUUAGAUGGACUUUGUACCAAAAGUUGUUAUGCAAUUAAAAUUGGCACCACUGUGACCUUCAUAGCUGGAGUUUAUCAGGUAGCGAUGGGCUUCUUUCAAGUGGGCUUUAUCUCUGUCUACCUCUCAGAUGCCUUGCUGAGUGGGUUUGUCACUGGUGCCUCUCUCACCGUUCUCACAUCUCAGGCCAAGUACCUCCUCGGGCUGAAGCUUCCUCGGAGCAGUGGUGUAGGCUCGGUCAUCACUACCUGGAUCAAUAUCUUUAAAAACAUCCCUAAGACCAAUAUCUGUGAUCUCAUCACCAGCCUGUUGUGCCUCCUGGUCCUUUUGCCAAGCAAAGAACUCAAUGAACGCUUCAAGGCCAAGCUCAAGGCACCAAUUCCAACCGAACUCAUUGUCGUCGUGGCAGCCACAUUAGCUUCUCAUUUUGGAAAACUAAAUGAGAAUUACAAUUCCAGUAUUUCUGGACAUAUUCCCACUGGGUUUAUGCCGCCCCAAGCACCAGACUGGAGCCUGAUUCCUAAUGUGGCUGUAGAUGCAAUAGCUAUUUCUAUCAUUGGUUUUGCUACCACUGUAUCUCUUUCUGAGAUGUUUGCCAAGAAACAUGGCUACACGGUCAAAGCAAAUCAAGAAAUGUACGCCAUUGGCUUUUGCAAUAUCAUCCCUUCCUUCUUCCACUGCAUAACUACUAGUGCUGCUCUUGCGAAGACAUUGGUUAAAGAAUCAACAGGCUGCCAGUCCCAGCUGUCAGCAAUCGUGACAGCCCUUGUUCUUUUGUUGGUCCUUCUGGUAAUAGCUCCUUUAUUCUACUCCCUUCAAAAAUGUGUCCUUGGUGUCAUCACUAUUGUAAAUCUCCGGGGUGCCCUUCUUAAAUUUAGAGACCUGCCCAGGAUGUGGAAGGUGAGCAGAAUGGAUACGGUUAUCUGGUUUGUUACUAUGCUGUCCUCCGCUCUGUUAAGCACCGAAAUAGGCCUGCUUGUUGGGGUUUGUUUUUCUAUGUUUUGUGUAAUCCUCCGUACUCAGAAGCCAAAAGCUUCGCUGCUUGGUUUGGAAGAAGAGUCUGAAACCUUUGAAUCCAUUUCUGAGUACAAGAACCUUCAGACCAAGUCAGGCGUCAAGAUUUUCCGCUUCAUAUCCCCUCUCUACUACAUAAACAAAGAAUCUUUUAAGUCAGCUUUGUACAAGAAAACUCUAAACCCAGUCUUGGUAAAGGCAGCUUGGAAGAAGGCAGCAAAGAAGAAACUCAAGGAGGAAUCAGUGAUUUUCAGUGGGGUCCAAGAUGAAGUCUCGGUGCAGCUCUCCCACGACCCCUUGGAGCUGCACACGAUCGUGAUUGACUGCAGUGCGAUUCAGUUUCUAGACACCGCGGGGAUCCACACGCUGAAAGAAGUUCGCAGGGAUUAUGAAGCCGUUGGCAUCCAGGUUUUACUGGCUCAGUGCAAUCCUUCUGUGAGGGAUUCCUUGACCAGAGGAGAGUACUGCAAAGAGGAAGAAGAAAGUCUUCUCUUCUAUAGUCUGUCUGAAGCAGUGGCUUUUGCAGUGGACUCUCAGAAGCAGAAAGGGUCGCCUGCUCUCAAUGGUCUGAGUCUUUCUGGUGACUGAGAAAGUAAAUAAAAGGAAGAAGAGUGUCUUGCCCGUUUCAACAUGCAACAUUUUCUACCGUGAAAGGAGAAGUGGUACACACUUGAAAUAGUUCCCCUUUGAAGCUAAUAGCCUUUUGAUAUUCUCACGUGUGGUAGAGCUUAGAGUUGGGCAGAAUCAAAAAGAAGAAAAUGCUGUGGCUUCAGACUUUGAUGCAGAUAAUCAUUCUUGGGGGACAAUAUAAAUGGGAUGGAACUAUAAAGCAGCCCCCAAACUUGGUCACCUUGCUUUAGGGACUGUACAUCUGAACUCUGUCCUCCAGGAGGCAGAGAGCUGAAGUUGGGGUUUGCUUUACACACACUCGAGCCUUCACAUGGCUCUGCGGAGCAGGGAAGAAAGACAGCGCCACUGGUCCUCCCUAGACGAGUUCCGUUCUCACUGUCUUUCUCUGUGUAAGAUCUCUGGCUGGUAGUGGGAAAUCGCAUUUCUCCUCUCCUUCACACAGGAAGUGUGGCAUAGUCUCCUACGAGAAGCUGGUCCUGACAGCCAGCCUGACACUGUACAGACCUCUACUGUAAACACUGAUGUUUUAGUCAUGCCUUUUUAUUUAGAAUAAGUAGGUAAGGAAAGAGUUCAAAGUGAGAGAGACAGUGGGAGUCUUUGUUCUUCAGCUCCAUCUUUGUUUCUGAGAAUCUGUCUUUACCGUAAGCUGUUUCCUCUUUGACUUAGCCUGGUGCUUUCUCCUGAACUCUGUCUUAAGUUGGUAUUUCAGAAUCAGUGGCAGUCUUGUCAGACAGACAAAGCAGAAUAUUGUCUCAGCAAGUUCUUGCAGCACUGUAAAUGGACUUAGUAAAUAGUCAAGGAGAGAUUGAAAAAAAAAAAAAAGAAUGGCGGUUCCCCUUAGGAAAUGCCACCACCAACAAUAGUCCACCACACUGUGGUGUAUUAGCUGGGCAUUGGUAGUCUUUCGUAAGUGGCAGUAGCUGCAUGCAGAAGGACUUGGAACUUUCACAGAAUCUUAGUUUUACUGGUGUUUCAUUCUUGGUGGCCACAGGUUAGGAAUUGAGUAGUUUCUUCAGAAAAAUAUUUUGACAGGUGAGAAAAAUAGUUCACCCAAGCAAGGCAUACAGGACUAACCUUUGUGCGAUUAAAGCACUUACUACCCACGUCAUCAAAGUCACAAUUGCCAAAGUACAAAAUCGUAUUUUAGCCUGUUCUAAUAUGCAAAACAAUUUAAAAUAUUUAGGAGAAGCAAACUCUAUAUAACUAAUGUAUUGAGGUAGAAUGCUUUUAAACAUUACACACACACACACACACACACACACACACACACACACACACUCCAAAAACUGCUUCUGUUGUUUUUCUGUUGCCGUUACACUCCCGUUUGCUCAUGUGAGAAAUACCUUUCUGUUUUCCCAAUAGAAGUUUUGAGUUUCUAUCUUAGAGGUGUUUGUGCUGAUAAAGACCACAUUGUUGUGGUGUUUGAUGUCCCUUGUGAACGCUCCCCUAGGAAUUCAGAAGUGUUAACAGCCGCUUGCUUGUUCUUUCGCUUGGCUCUCUAGCUUUAUGAACAAUUGUAAGAUCACAGUAUCCUAGUCACUUUUUAAAAAUCCCUCUUGCUCUUUCUUCAAGCCAGGUUGGAAUUAAGAGUGUUACAGAUGUUUAAUUCUCAGUGAGAGACUAGUAGGUACAUGUUAGUGGCAGCUGGAGAGAUGCUCAGUAGUUAAAAGUACUUGUUACUCUUGCAGAGGACCCAAGUUCAGUUCCCACAUUAGGCUGCUCACAGUCACCUGUAACUCCAGCUCCAGGGGGAUUUCAUCUUCACCUAACCCCUGUGGGGAACACACACACAUUUUUUAAAGCAUAUGUUUAAUCUGACUCUACAAUCCAUUCAGCACCAGCAUAAAAAAGGAAUUUAGUUCAGUGUUUAGAAAGUGUCUGUCCUUUGCCUGCAUGUGAGUUUAUAGUGUGGCUCUAAUAGAUUCUGGAGCCUUACAUAUGCAUUAGCAAAUUAUUGAGUGAUGUUCUGGUUUGUGUUUGUCCCACAAAAGCAAACAGGAUCCUGCUUUUAAUAGCCAUUUUAAAAACAUGAUUGCCCUAGAAUCUGUUGUAGCCAUCUUUGGGUUGAGAUCUUCCUAACAUCAAGCAUUAAAAUUGAUUUGAUUGCUAAUAAUUGAAGGAAUCAAAUCUAGAACCAAAGUCUAAUUUACCAGCAGCAGCAACAAUAAAAAAAAUUUUCAUUUGCUUUUUGAUGCUUUAAACCAUUCAUAUAAGUUGUCUUGUUCACUCAGAACAUUAGAGUAUAACAGAGAUAUAAAACCCUGAAUGUUGUUAAAUGGCUGUCACUUAAUUGAAAUACAGAAUGUACGUGUGUCUAUUUGUAUUUUAUGAGAAGGCCUUAUGUAGCACAGGCUGACCUCAAACAUGCUAAAUAGCUGGGGUGAUUGUGAGCUUUUGGUUCUCCUCCCUCCUCCUCCAAGUGCUGGAGUGACAGGUGCAUAGAGAUGGAGUAGCUAGUGCAUACGCAGACUUGCUACACAGAGAACACAGCUCAGGGGAGUAAAAGAGUAGAUCACUGAAAACUAUCUGUCUAGAAAGGAAGAGACCUGGCUAGACAGGGUCUAUGUCCUGGUAAACCCCACAUUUUGGAUCAGGAUUCAGAAGCAUACCUCUAAGAGCAAAGUUAGAAAGCAGUUCUGUUUCUAGAAGGGGAGAGGCACAGGCUCACCAAAGCCCCAAAGAGCUAAGAAGCAUAUUCUCAGGUUGUAGCCAGAGUCUGGGCGGGCCUGCUCAGGAGUAGCCUGCUCAGGAGUAGCCUUCCCGGUGAGCUGAGUGGCUGCAGUGCUGUCUGUGCCUUAGACAGGGUAAGACUGGCAGGCGCCUAGUUAAUUUUAAGCAGGGUCAAUGGAACAGAUAUAAUUUAUAUAAAAGCUUCCAGCACAGCAAAUUGUGGACUUGGAGACUGCGUGGAGAUGCUAGAUGAUCCAUUAGACUAAUGCUCCUGGCUACAUUCUAGCACAAACAGCAGUCGUCUGCAGGCUGUUCCUGGCAGUGCGACAUUGGAGAACACAUUGCCAGUGUUAACCCCACUUUGCAAAGUACAAAGAGGAAUGAAGUGGGUUUGGAUUCGGGCUCUGAAGCCCCUAUUAAUAUCCUUACUGAAGCUUUUCUUGUAGGUAAUGACAGAGAUGAGCUGAGGGUUCUCUGUAUGGAAGUAAAUGCUUCUUCAGAUAUCCCCAAAUAUCUGGGAGGCAGGUGUCCUAGAUGGGACUUGGAGAUGCUCUGUGGAGAGUGCCUGAGCUGAGAUUCUGCUGAGGCUGGAGCAGGAGGCAGUGCUCGCCCCGCAGUGUGUUCAGGAAAGAGUCUAUAGAAAAGUGGAAUUCUCGAGUUGAGAAGCUUUAUAUUUUUACCCAGUCUUUUGAUCUUUUUGUUCGUCCCCUCUUGGAAUCUCUUCUUAAUCCCAGCGAUCCUUAAUUUGAAGUUCGCUUUAAAUUAAAUUGCAGAAUGGACGAAAUGCUACUCAGAAAGCUGCUAGACUCUGUGGGCAUGGUGGCCUAUGAGGCACUUGGAGGCUGAGGCAGGAGGAUUGUAUCUUUGAGGCCAGCCUGAAAUUAUUGGUGAGACCUUGCCAAAAAAAGAAAAAGGAAAACUAGCUAGCAUCGGAGACUUUUUGUCCUCCAAUCCUUUUCUCUAAAAUUUUAGAUAUUCAUGGAUGACAGUAAAUUUGGGGGCUAAGUUUAAGCAUGAAAAUUACAAUGGGACAGGAUAAACAGUACAGCAGCUGGCUUUUUAUAGACGAUAUCAUAAAUUAGAAUACAGAUGAAUCACUUUGAGUUAAAAGUAAAAAUGUAAGGCUUUUAAAAUGGUAACUUAAAAAUGGAGGCUUUGAUGUAGAAGGGAACAUUUUUAAUACAGAAAUUUUCAUCAUGGUAAGAACUAUUUUUUUACUAUAAGUAUUUUGCAAAUGAAAUUUUAAAGUAAACCUGUUAAAUACAAUUAAAAAGUCAAGCAAUACACUAGUUGAUCUUUUUAGUAUGUGUUUUGUACCUUAUGACUUAAUUUAAAAUAAUGUAUUGAAGACUGCAGACUGGGCAGUGAGGGCAUCAAAGCUUUGGAUUGGAGACACUGCUUCUAAGUCUGUUGAAGCUGCUGGUCACAAAGGGUUUCCAUUUGACACUUGAAUAAACUUAUCCUGCACUCUGUGCCUCAUCUUCAGGAGGAAACAGAAUCAAACAGCUCUUUCCUCUUCAGCGCAGUUCAUUUGGGAAAUUGGAGUACUCCCGAUGCUAUCAUGGCUUCUGCUUCUCAGACGUGAGUGUGACUAUUACCAGAACAGCCUACUUUCCCGCUUUGUACAUGUUUACCUGUGCAGACAAAUGGAGACAGCUGAAUGCACCUGAAUUCUCAGUUUUUACCCAAAAAUGUUUAGCUGUCACCAUCCUUUACCAUUAGGGUCAUACUUUAUAGUAGGCUUUUUUAAUUCAAGUAAGUGCCUUGAUGUUGUUAUUCAUAUAUCAUUGCUCAACCAUCCUUCAGAACAAAAAUAAGGUAUUUCUUGUUGGAAGGAGGGGUUGUUAAUCAUUUUGUAAGGGCUACAUGUUUGAGAUCUCAAGUGCCAUUUCUUUUGUUAAUAAAUUAUCACUGUAAUAAAAUA